AUGACCGCCAUAGUAUCACAACAGGCGAGCUCGUACGUGAUCAAGUACGGAGAGACGCUGCUGCCCGUGGUGGCGGAGGGCGACUCGCUGGCGGUGCUCGCGCCGCUGAUGGUGGUGGCGGCGACGGGCUUCAACUGCUGGAAGUGGUGGCAGCGCUCGCAGGAGGACCGCGACUUUGGCGGGCUGAUCUAG